UUUAAAAUACAAGACAGUGGAUAUGGUAUUCUUCUUAUAUGGGUCCAUUUCAGAUAAAUGGAAAAAAUAACUUCCGUCACUUUUUUAAUCCAAUUUACAAACUGAUUUUAUAUAUUGGAUAAUUUAACCAUAUUUAAUCAUUAUUUACAGCAUUAAGACAUAUCUGAAAUAAAAUCUAUGCUUUUGUUUGAAUAGUUAUGAUUUAUUGAUACUUUUUGUCAUGAAUGUCAUCGCUUUUACGCUUCCUUAUAACAAGGUGAAUAGGGUGGCAUGUCAAAACAGCAAACAGAAUAAUAUUUCUGCAAAAUUAUUCCAUGCAAAUGAUAAUUAUUUGAAGUAAAAACAUUUAUCCAUGUUAUUAUUUACUUAAAAUACAUUUAUCCUUAAUUAUGAAAGAAAUAAUCGUAUGCAAACAAAACUAGAGUGGACGUUACGAUGUCGGUCAAAAUAACGCAUAUUUCAUAAACACUACAGUAAAUUUAUCAAAGCUAAUUUCACAUUUUAAAUACAUUACAAAUUAAAGCAGAGAUUGGUUAUUGCUUGUUACAAUACCAGUUUAAUUUCUAGACUUUAGUUUGGGGGAUAAAAAUAACCAUAUUGACGAUCAUGGUAUAUGUCGGUCAAUUUCGUAACGUCCGAAUAAAACCGUCUUUGGCGCUUUGAGGGUGUUGCUGAGUGCGAUUUUGGUAUGGAUAGUAUUUGCUGAGGCACUGUUUGUGUAAUACGUCAUCGAUUUCUGAGAAAGCUGGCUGCAGCAUGGCGGAACACAAGGUAAAUGAUUGUCGGUCAACACUUUCUGAUUUGUAACGGUCGUCACGCUAAAACAAGUAACAAACCAUGGUUGAUGUUUUAUUAUCAAAGGCACAAUUACGGUGCCGAUACUUUUUGAUUUUGAUUAUUGUCAAAAGAAAUGUUUUAUUCCGUCGAUAAACUUUGAUCUUGAAUGAUGGUGUACGUCAGUUACAAUUUGACAGCAUGCCAUAUUGGGCGACGUUAGUUUUGACACGAUCGAAGCGUAUUGGAAAGUCAAACGUAACUACCGAACACUUUUCAUAUAUUUUACACGAAAACGAUGUUAUAUAUUCUUAUUAUUUUUUUUUUAAAGCGAAUGAUUACAAGUUUUAUUGACGAUUUCGAUGUAAAUAAGAAAUUGUCAGUGUGACCAUUCCUCACACACCAGAUUCGUAAAUUGCCCGUUACGUUUUGACAUUUUAUCUUCAUUGGCUACUUUCUUCCCCUUAAUGUACACAUUAGGGUGCCAUAAACAAGUAUGUCUAAAAGUUACACUUUUUGAAAUUAAACUUUUUAUUUUAGUAUCGAGUCUGAGCAGUUACCCACCACCAGCAGUUAUGAACAACUACCCAGCACCAACAUGGAGGAGCCUCCCAAGGUCAACACAGAGCAGCUACCCAGCACCAACAUUGCACAGUCACCAAAGCCAUUCAACGACCCCUCUCAUGAGGCUCCAGAGAGACAGUCUAGGUAAGUUUCUAUAAUAUUAUAUUGAAUUAAGAUACCCUAGGCAUGCUGUCUUAAUGAAUGAUCUUAAUGGCCAUAAAACCUGGAGCUCAAUAACACUAAAGAAUCAAUCAAGAUUCGCUGUAUUUGUUAACAUAUUAAAUUUCAUGCCCUGUUAUGAAUUAUAACUUGCAGAUUUACCUCAGGAACCUAUCUUACAAUAAAAAAUGGAAACAUGAUUUUACCUGCUGUUGUAGGUGAAGCUGUUCAAUGUUACAAGUUGAUUCUUCGAUGUUUUUAAUUUUUCUUACUGAUGAGUUAUUUUGAUUCAAUCUCUACUAAAGGGGUAUGUUACUUUGUUACCUUGAGUUUAACAGUUUUAGAAAUAUUUGGUGAAUGCAACUUUAUGUACAUUUUGAAUUUCAGAUAUAUGCAUGUGAACUAACUAUCUUAGUAUAUAUCAUGAAAGCAUUUACUCAUUACAUUGUUAAUUAUGGUUAAGAAUUCAAAGGUUUGAAAAGAACCUUAAUUUGUCAUUCAUGUUUUAUAUUGAAUUUUUCCACUGAAUGUUGUUUUUUUUCACUGGAAGGCUUUAUCUUUGGGAUAGGGAAAUAAGAAAGACAGGAAGUCAAUGUUUAAUAUUCAGUGGAUAAUGUCAUAUAAUGCUGAUAACUUGUAAUUGUGUAUAUAACUUAAAUAGCCAGAAUUCUUAUUCAAAUUUCUAUUAAUUAAUCUUUUAAUCAAAUCAGGUUGAAGGUUGGCCCUGGGUAAGGUUUUUUACCAAAACUGGGAAGAAAGGAAGGGUACUUUGGACUUACGGGAGCAUCUUACAUACUGUGCUCUCCACGGAUGUGUUAGACCUACAAGACCCACCAGAUGUCGUAGCAUAUGGUUCAAGGAUCUACUACAAAUUUGGUAAGACUUAUAAUAGGGUUUUCAAAAAAUGUAGAUCCACAUCAACAUUUAAAGUUUCACUGCCUCUGCCAUUUCUUUUUGGACCUUAAUAAAUCCGAAGGGUUCUAUUCUACUUUUUUGGCCCCGUUUGUCUCCAUAGUUGAUUUUUCUCCUUUUUCAUUUCUUUGCUUUUCUGUCAUACUCUCUACAUUUUCUCUUGUUUUUAUAGCAGUUAUUGUGCUGAAGGGAUUAAACCCAAAUAAUAUUAACUUGUCUUAAUUGUAAAAUUUUGAAUGGUUCAAAGAUUUUCAUUGCUUGUUUCUUUGUACAUUUCAGAUUUUCAAUGAAAAUAUCCAUGGAAGAAUGUCAUUGUGAAAAGUUUUGAAGAAAGUAAAAUAAAUUGAUUCUUGUGUCGAAUUACUUUGUUUUAGUUCUCUUUUUUUAAACUACACUAGUUGGAACCCCCAGGUUACAUGCUAGUAGAGCCUGGUUAAUAUGAACAUGUAUGCAUCACACCACUCGCCUUAAUAAUGUGUUACAAAGCCAACUAGCACUUGGAGGAGGAGGAUUAAUAACCAAAUGGUGCAUAUAUAGAAAGCUUAAGAUAAACUAUGUACAUUUUGCUUUAAUAUAUAUAGUACCAUUCAAUUUUUUUUUCAUUGAUAUAAAGUGACUACAUAGAGUACAUGCAGUGCAUUGAUAAACAGAAUGUCAAAUGUAACGUCCGCUCAAACUUGUACAAGUCAAACUGUCAAAGGUAACAUCCGUGUAGAGUUAAUCAAAUGAUGCUUUAAUUAUGUACUUUAUCUGUGCACUAGCACAAUUUCAAUUGAAGUUGUGCAUACACUUGUGGAAUAGGAUUGUUGGUUGUGUCAAUUUAAUGAGUGAUAACAUGCCAGAAACAUAAAAUUCAGUAAAAAAUAGUAACAUCCGUCACUUGGUAGAAAAAAGAUGAUAUAAGGUAAAUUAAAAGUGCUACAUUCAAUACAAAUAUGUUUACAAGUAAAAUGACCUGGAUUCUUUCAUAAAUUCAAUAAUUGCUUCAAAAAAGAUCAGUAGAAAUGUCAAAAUGCAUAAAGGAAAUUAUGUCAAUAUAACACCCAUCACAAUUACAGGGUCUUAUAUUAUUGCUAAAAUUAUCAAAAACAAUGGACAAACUAUCUUUUCUCAGUUAUAUAUUGAAAGUUGAAUAAUUAUUUUACCUAAAAACAUGAAAAUUCAUGCAAAAUUCUCAUUCUGAUUUUUUGCAUUGUGACGGAUGUUAUUUUUUCCAUUUAUCUGAAAUGGACCCAUAUAUAAAUAUAUAUUCUUAUUUCAAUUUAAUUAAUAAAACUUCAGACUCCUGUGAUACAAGGAUAUAUUUACUUUCAAAAAUUUUGUUCUUGAGUAUUUACAGAAACCAUCCAUUUGUUUUUUUCUUUUUAGAUAUAGAAAAUCUUUAUUUUGUACAGAAUGUGUUUAAAGGGACUGAUUCACGAUUUUCCCCAAAAUUUUCUUUUUCACUUUUAACAUGUUUAAUGAUCAAAAUCUACUGUCUAAUGUGUUUAAAAGAGUCCACAUAAAAUUAAGGUUAUACAUUAUCACAGAAGCUCAUUUUAGAGAGUUUAUUAUUCGCUUUGUAAACAAAGAUUGUAGUGUUAUUGUUUACAAGAUUUUCAAAAGAAAUGGAUAUCGAUCUAAGUUUAUUAUAUCUUUCCCAUUUUAAGCAUUUUUGGGGUAAAAUGUGUCAUUUAAAAGUUAAAAUUUGUGACUAUGCAAAAUUAAGAUGCUUUAUAUUACAAAAUCAAAAUUUCACUUGUUUGUUUGUAUACAUAAAAAGACUCGAGUCUUUGUUUACAUAACACAGAUUUAAGGCUUAAAUAUUGCUUUUUAUUCUUGCAUUCAGCAGGUCAAAGCUUUGACUGCCAACAUUAAAUGAGUUAUAUUUUUUAUGUUUACCAUCAAAAAUGAAAAACAUUUUUUUCAAAAAUCGUGAACCACUCCCUUUAAAGCAAUACAAGCUGUAACUGACAGUAUUUUAAAACUUUACAAUAUGGGAUAUCGGAACAACUAUUAUUUCCACUCCGAUUCCGCUAAGUUUUGAUAUUGAGUCUGUCAAACGAAAUCACGUUUUCUAUGUUAACUUGGGCAACUUUUCAUUAAACAAAUACACAUUACUAUCAGAUAUAGUAAGUUUAGGCACUUUGGGUCGUUUUUCAAAGUUGUGGGGUGGGGAGCAAACGGGGGGAAAGUUGUCAUAUUUGUAUUAAAAUUCUUUGGUUACAUUUCGCCAUUAAAAAAAAAAGGGGGGGGGGGGGCGCACAAUUCAUCGCAUUAACCUUGCAUUUUCACUAUUGUACGUGUCUGGAGAUUGAUGCAUACAUUGUGUUUAUUUUUUAUAUAUCAAAAAUUGUAUCAUUUCACAGUCAUAGUGGCCAGUUGUUAUAAUGACUCGAGAAAAUCUCGCUCAGUAAAUAUCUACAUACGGUAGAGGAAACAAAAGGUACUGUAAAAUUUUUUGUAUUGUUUCCACUAACAAACAUCAGAAAUUUUAAUUAUCAAUAAUAACUUAUAUUUUUGGUACUAGGGUAUUCGCUAUUGACAUUCUGAAAAAAUUAUCUUCAAAUCUUAAUCAGGCAGAUAUUGUUGUAUGAGAUAUGAGUCAUCUUUAGCAUCACUAAUUUGUACAAGAGUUGCCCAAGUGACGCAUCAUUUUCAUAACUUCUUUUUCUGAAGAGUUACAAAUUCUUCUAGUUCCAAUAUCCUGCAUUAUAUGCAUCCAUUGACACCUAUCAGUGUAACAUAAAAUUCAGAAAAAUAAACAAGGGGAUAUUGUUUGAGAGCAUUUCAUAUAAACCACCAUUUUGUCGUAUACACUGACAUGAGAACGAUAAUUGGGGUUGCACUGAGAUCGAGUUCACGAAAAGAAGGAAACUGACAAUAACUAUACACAUUUUGUUUGUUUUAAAAUAUCACAUUGUGUCAUGAAUGACUAAAGCAGAGCUGUGGAAUUUUUUUUUCAGAAGCCUGCCAUUCGGACAGACAUGUUUAUCAACUUUGCCUGUCCGAACAGAUUUAAGCCUGUCCGAAUAUUAAGAGUUAAAAUUAACAUAAUUUUUAAAACUAAAGUAACACACAGAUCGCAGGUUUUAGAAGUUUAUUAUAACAUGUCUUACACUAGUUUUCAAACUCAAUUUCUAAUUCUCUCACAACCUCUCUCACCAUUCUUUCAUUCUCAUCAAAAUCUUGCUCACACUCUGAUUCACACUCACUCUCUUCAUCAUCCAUUCUCUCACCUACUCUUAUUCCAUCCCUAACACUCUUCUUUUCUUUUUGAUGCUUGGUCUGGUUUGGAUCCCAAUGUAAAUUUGAUCAGCCAUGACGCCAUACUUUUGCGUGGUUUAGUUUGCCUGGUUCCCUGUCCCUACUAUGCGUCGUUGUUAGUGAGCCAGGGAAGCAGACAAAAGUUUCAUUUGGAGAUCCUCGAGUGGCUUCCACCUCACACAUUGUAUAGGCCUAAAGCAUUGCGUAGUGAAAUCAUCCGAGGAUUAUAAGAAACGGCAACUCUGGAUAAAGACUGCUUACGCGGUGGCAUUUUGUGUUUUUCUUAAUGCGGGCGGUGCAAACAACAUCGGUCAUGCAGUCCGACAUUUAACCAACUUAGGUCGGUCACGGCCAAAUUAAGCCGGUCUUGCCGGCAUGACCAGCAGUUUUCCACAGCUCUGCUAAAGUAAAGGUAGGUGUUAAGAAAGUAAUUAAAGAUGGGCCACUCAAAAGAAAUUUUAUUAAUAAGGCUUAAAAUAAAAAUUGAUUUGUUUGAUGUACUCCGACUGACCCAUGAAAUUUGUCCCGACCCAAUUGUUUUUUCCACACUUCGAGUUGUUUUACAAAAUUUUUGUUACAUUGUAUCAAAAUGUUCUUUGGGCGUCUUUCGGUUCUACUUUCACUUUGAUAAUGACCAUUUGUUAAUCUGGGAACUUUUCAAACACUUUUCUAUAUGAACAAUCAAAUAUACUGCAUCCCUGCUCCAAAUUACCACAUUAUCUACCAACAAGAUAGAGCAAGAAGCUACGAACUCCCCCGUCGAGACCUGAUCGUAUUUGUGUACAAAAGUUUGAGAGCCAUGUUACUUAAAUAAAAAAUCACGUAAGAUAGCGCACAAAAAUUAUGACAGACCACAAGUCUGCAUUCAAGUUGAUGGUCUAUAUAUAUUUCUGAAAAAGCACGCAUAAAAAUUUGAUACGGGAUUAUUCAAAUGUUAUGACGAUUUAAUAGGCGAAAGGCACUUUUACUAUGCUCUUAAACUGAGACACACGAAUGGAACAUGAUCGUCACAACAAAUUGAACAAUGCGGGGAAGUCGGCAUUAAAAUCAUAUUGGGUAAUAUUAAAACUGAUUGUAAAUUGCCAUCAUCAUGUAAUUCAAUUGGAUAUUCAUGGAUCACAUUAAAGUGUUUAAAAUAGAAGAAUCAAUUGGUGGCAAUAAAAAGGGGUGUUAAUUUAUUUAUUAACAACUGUAAAGGUCCUCAUCCAUGACGAAUACAAAACGUCCUGAGAAAAUUUCAGAAGACAUUGGAAGAUUUACGUGUACUAUAUACAAUGUGUACAAAAUGAAUGUUCUAAACUAUAUUUUGUCUGGCAGCGUUAUGUGUUUAAUGAAAACAUCAGUAAAUUUGUAAAUCUGAUUUUCAUGACAUUAAAAAACAAAAAAUAAAAUAAAAAUACCGACCUACCUACCCGACUUGAAAAAUGUGGGUCGGAGUACAUCAAACAAAAUUUUUUUUAAUGGUGGCCUAAAUUUGACAAAUUAAAUUGUUUACAAAACUGACAUGUGCAGAGCGCCUCUCUUGCACAUUUUUCAAAAUUGGUGACCUCCAAGAUCAAUGCCCAUCGGAGAUUACAAGCAGGAAUUAUACCGGUCCUACUAAACAGAGUACGAUAGAGUACUUUAGAUUACGCUAGUAAAAUUUCAUAAUUUAAUGCAAUUUAACUGCUGUUCGUAGAUGUUCUUACUUUAGUUUAACCUAAUAAAUGUAUAUCUGGAAUAUAUCGUGUUUGUUUUCAUUAUUUUAGGAAUUAUUGUAAGUUAAAGUUUACCGUUUGAUUCCGAUCUCGAUCAAAUUUAAUACUUUUUCAAAACAAACUCCUAAUAAUCGGGAUCGGGAUGCCGUAAAUCUUCAAUACAUUUAAUGUUUUCUGGUCAAAAUAUCGCUAAAAUACCAAAUACUUUUGACAAAUAUUGCACUUCUAUUUUAUAAUCAUCUUUAUUUACGUGGUAUACAUACAAAUAAACAAUUGAAUUGCAUUAAAUAUUGAAAUUUUACUAGCGUACUCUAAAGUACUCUAUCGUACUCUGUUUAGUAGUACCCGGAAUUAUACUGACCAGAUGACAGAUUCAUGAAUUGACAUUUUUUGCUGUCAGAUUCAACAUUUUAUUGCUUCAGACUCAGUUUGAUUCUAAGAAAUUAUAUAUAUAUUCAAUCAUAAAUAUGUUAUCAUUUAUUUGUUCUUUUCUUUUUCAAUUUAUUUACCGUCAGUUACAGCUUGUAUUGCUUUUAAUAACUUAAUUAAAAUUCUAGUGCAAUCAUGCUUAUAGAAUUUUGAAGUCAAGUUGAUUAUAUCAAACUUUGAAUGUAAUCAGUUUAACGUGCAUUGGAAAUUAAAAUUUGAAGAAUCACUGACUCAUAAAUCAUCCACAGGUUUUCGAAUAUAAUCAUUAUAGAUCUAUUUGUUCCAAAGUUCUGUUAAUUUUUGCACCAAGUUGACCAACCCUAGAAAAGACAACUUUCUGUAAUAGCCUAUAUCUAGAUACGAGCACAAAUUACACUCUGUUUUCGCAAAUACAUCAGUCCUAAUCUUGAUCCUGAAUAAGUUAGUUAUGAUACGAACUGAUCGAGUGCAUAUAUGAUAACAAAUCAAUCCUCACCUGAUCAGGCUAGUAAACAAAGCAGUAAACUAAUGUUUGUACAACUUACUAAUAAAUGCGGAAUAUAUAUAAAUCUGCUUUGAUAAAAAAAAAUGUUUUUAAAAUAUUCAAAUUAUUAUAUGGAUAAAAUUUAUAUUAAUAAACAUUUAUAUGAAGGUUUUAUUAAUUUUAAAAUUAUUCAUUUUACUAAUUUCUUUCAAUUUUCAUCAAUGAAACACGAUAUUUUUCUUAACCGCGUGGCGUUCAUUGAUACUAUUGCGCUUGCGCAUUAGUGGGUCUCUCGGUGCAUGGUUAAAUGGCGGGGGAGCGAUGGAUUUUCACCAAUUCGCAACUUGUAAACACCCCCAGCCGAAAAUGUGGGAUAGACAGCGACAAAGAACUUACGUAUAGACAACAAGCUGCCAACCUUAUUCAAGACAUGGGCCAAAAACUUCAAGUUAAUCAAUUAUGUAUCAACACAGCUAUUGUUUACAUGCACCGCUUUUACAUGUUCCAUUCAUUCAAAGCAUUUCAUCGAAAUUCUAUGGCUGCGGCAAGUUUGUUUUUGGCUGCCAAGGUGGAGGAGCAACCACGCAAACUGGAGCAUGUCAUCAAGACGCUGCACAAGUGCCUCAACCAGGACACUCUGGAUAUUAACAGUGAUACCUACAUGGAACAAACUCAUCAACUGGUUACUAAUGAAAACAUCCUGCUACAGACUUUAGGCUUUGAUCUAUCCAUUGAACAUCCCCAUACAAAUGUUGUGAAAACCUGCCAGUUAGUGAAAGCACCAAAGGACUUAGCCCAGACCUCCUACUUCUUGGCAACAAACAGCUUACACCUAACUACCCUCUGUCUGCAGUACAAACCUACAGUGGUGUCCUGUGUAUGCGUGGAGUUGGCUUGUAAAUGGUCCAAUUGGGAGAUUCCUACGUCCAACCAAGGCAGGCCCUGGUACUAUUAUGUUGACCAGUCUGUUACACCAGAACUCUUAACAGAACUAACACAGGAUUUUCUAAACAUUCUGGAUAAAUGUCCAAGCAAACUGAAAAAGAGGAUCAUGACGUGGAAGUCUGGAGAGAAAGAAAAGAAGGAAAAGGAUGAAGUCAGUGUGCCUCAGAAAUCUCGUGGGACAUUGUUACCCUCAGCCGCUGUAGGAAGUGUCUCGCAACUGGGUAAAAGCUCAAAACCUCAUCAACAUUCUCAUUCAAGUCAUGACAAGUCACAAAGCAAGUACCCCUCAGUGGACAUUUCAAAGUCUGAACAGAAAGUCAGAACAAUCAAGACAGAAACCACAAGUCAGACAACAGUUCACUCCCAUGGUAAAAAUGUGUUUGACGCCAUAUCAAAUGACUCCAAGUCACAGCACGGGGAUGUACGGGAGUCAUUGCUAGCAUCUCUGUCUCAGUCAACCAGUGAUACCUCAACGCCAUCUAUCCAGAAAACCUCGCUCGCUGAGUAUAAAGAAAGGAAGGAGCGAGAAAGGCAGGCAGCUUUAAGUAAAAGUGCCAGUAGUCUGCCAAACAUGGACAAAAAACAUAUGCUUAACAAGGACUUUUCACACAGGAGUGUUUCGUCUUUAGAAAGUGACAGCGCAAAGAAAAUGCAUGCUUUCGAGACUGAAAAAGCAAAAAGAUCUCACCAUGAAAAGUAUAAUUCCUCCAAACAUGGUGCUGAUUCCCUGAAGGGAUCCAAUACGAAGUUACGUAUAAAAUCAGAACCUGGAGGGAUACCAGAUUUACAGUUACAUAACUUUGAUUCCAGAAUAAAAACAGAAGUUAACAUGGAUGCCAACAUGAUUGCAGAUUUGUCUCGGGUGCCAGACCUGAAACCGAAAGUUAAAAAGGAAAGUUCAGCAGACAAGGGGGACCUUUACAAAAGUAAAGUAAAAUCAGAACCCGGGGGUGAAUUGAGACAAAGCCUUGAGAGCACACCCAAAGACACUUCUCUUAUUUCAGAUUCGAGUAAAAGUCAUGAUUUGAAAAUGAGAAUAAAAGCAGAAGGAAGUGUAUCACAGGAGGGAUCCUCACCGCUCAAACUGAAAAUUAAAACUCCUCACCUACCAAAAGAUAAAUAUUUCGAGAAACACAGUGGUACCUCUUCAUCCCAUGAAGAACAAAAAGUGCCUCCAAUGAAACUGUCUAAGCAUCCUUCCCGCACAGGGUCGGGGGAUGAACACUCUAAGCAUGGUCAUCACCACAAAUCCCACAAGUCAAAACAUUCUCACUCACACUCUAGUUCAGGGACCAAUGGCAAGACAGAUCUUGUUGUUCGUAUUAGUCUGCCAAAGAAUGUGGGGGAUGGGGACAAAAAUGUGGAAAAAGUGAAAAUGGAAUCGAAAAAGUUACAUGGCAGUAGUCCGCUUACUAACAGUGAUCACCCCUCUAGGAAAAGGCCAUUAAGUCCUACAGGUGUUUUAGAAAACAGUGAUUUGCAGCAACAGCAGCGAAACAAAAUUCAGCGUGCAGAAAACAUGAGACGGUCCUCUUCAAGUCUCUCAAAUCAUUCUGUGGUCAGCAUGGACUUAUGUGAUAUUGGAAGUGACAUUUUGACAUCGGACAAUGACUUUAUAUCGGCUCCCCUAUCAGCAAAUGUCGCUGUUCAAAAGCACAUUGAUACACUAUCUCAAGUCAUAGAUUCCAGGAAAGCUAUGCUAGCAAGUGCAUCUCGUGUAAACCCCCCUCCACCCCCUCCCCCUUUACCCCCACCCCUCCCCCCACAGCCCAGUCACUAUCCUCCUCCACCUCCCCCUCCUCCUGUUCAGACUUACCAGUUUUCGUCAGCAAGUCAGCAGUAUGGAUAUCAACCCGUAUCUGAUCUUAGUGAUCUGGAUUUUUUAGCUGAUGAUGCUAUUCCACCUCUCCCGGGUGAAUGCCCCCCUUCAAAACCCCCACUUCCUCCAUACUAACACAAUGCUGCAUACUGACACAUCUAGAUCUCUGUGAAAUGUGCAGGUACAUUUUCACUUUUCCAAGGACAUGCAUUGUAAUUUGUCUUUUGUUAAUGAUUUUCUUUGUAAUAUGGCUCAAAAAUAAAAUCUGAUUUAGUGGCCCAUGUCUGUUGUUGAAUGGAUGUACGUGUAUAUAUACUGGUACUCUGUACAUGUACGUCUGACAUCUACAUUGAUUGUAAAUGGAGCAAGGCACUAGAUACUAUACUUUGUUACUGCAUACUAAUCUGAGUUGUAUGGUAUUUUGCAUUUCUGAUUGGUGUACAAUUGUAUAUAGCUUACUACUAGUAUAAUGAUUAUGAAUGAAAUUUUUUGUAUGAUACUUUAUUCUACAGUGGGUGAGAGAACCUAUGUACAUAUAAAGUUGAAGGUUUGAGAGAUUGAUAUGCUUUUAAUGUUUGUAGUUGUGUUUUGAAUCUGGAUUUCUUUAGAAUUAUACCUCAUGUAUAUGUCCAACACAUAGUGUUUGAUCAUGCUUCUAGUAUGAAAUAAUUAUGCAAGUUUUUGACAUUUACUUGUGUUUUGACCUGUCAGUAUUUUACAAGAUCUUGGGCAUUAAGUGAAAGUGUAAAUCCCAAUAUUCAGCUACAUGUACAUUGUUGGAAGGUCAAUAAAAGGUUAAAUCAGUGUUAAAAUUUCACUAAAGUCAAUGUCCUCAAUGUAAGAAAAUCCAUUUUAUAAAACAGGAGCUUAUUUUUUGUUAGUGAAGAAACGAUCAAUCAAUUUAUUUCUCAGGUACCAAUAUUGAUCGAUUAUAUUUUUUCCUUGAUUGGUUAUAAUCGGGAAACAUUUCUAUCAUCUAAAUACAUACAAAAUGUUCCUCUGUGAGGUAAAAUUGUAAAAAUCAUGCGUUCGACAUAACAUAUAAAUGUAUACAGAUAACAUUUACAGCUUAUGUAGGAAGAAUCCCAUUUCGUUCCUCAUUAGAGAUUUUUCGGCAAAUAUAUGACAAGAGACCUUUAAUUAGUCAAGAAAUAUGGGGGACCGUAUCAAACAUUGACAAAUACAUGAAAGUAUUCCACAUUACUGUAGUUUGUAACAGGAAGACGUCUGUACGAUGUUCAGACUCUGAAGUUUUAGAUAUCCCUAUCAUAUUUCAGUAAAAUAACAUCAAUUAACCAAUAUUCAUUCAAAUUGAAAGUGGAGAAUGGUACAUCUCAAAUUUAUUGCAGCCCCUUGAAAGAUAUAUAUUACAAUAUAAUGCACUAGGAAAAUCCAAGAGAAUUUGUACAGUUCUCAUAAUUAUGAUGCUUCUUUAUAUAUGAUGAAAACUGUACUUCAUUCUGCAAAACAAUGUAUAUUCAUUUUUAAAAAAACAUAUAUAGGUUGCCAUAACUACAUCUGAGCACAAAAAUUAGAAUAUAUAAAUUUGUUCUGAAGUAAAUGUUGGCUAUCGUAAAAUCCAAAUGACCUAUGAUUACCAUUGAUGAAUUCUUUGUUUCCGAUGAUGAAUAAUGAAAAUUUUUCUGAUUAUAAUCUCUAAAGUUGUCCGAGUAUGAUUUAGUUCAUAAUUAUGUGCAUGAAUCAUCCUUUCAGAACUAACCAAUUUUUUCAAACUUCCUAUUGCAGUACAUUGAUUGAUCUAAUAGAGUAAGAAAACGCACCAUUUAAAAAACUGAAGAAAAAAAAUCAUCAUUCACACUGCUUAAAAAUCUUGCUAUAAACCCAAUGUUUAUCAAACCCCAGUCACAAUGCCAGCCUUUGCAUCUUGAAUUGUGUUCAGCACUUGUUGACCAUUAUUAUAUGUUCUUGGGCAAUUUCUGGAGUACUUCAAGUAUCACUCGCUUACAUUAAUAUUUUGAUACACUGUAGAUAAAUGUACAUGUGUGUUAGAAAUUCAAGUGACCUCACGUUUUAUCUGGUAAAACUGAAAAGGUUUUAAAACACUUUUAAAAUUGAGAGACUGUGUUGAAGUAAAACCAGGUUUUGUAUAUUCAAACAAAUAUUGACAUGACAAAAUUAUGUCGCCUGAGAUGAGCAGGGGUAUAAAUGUUGAGAUGUAAGCAAGAUCACAGUAUGAUCAUGAAAACAGAAUGAGGUCAGUUAUAUGUUUCUGAUGUGAGUUGUAGCCAUUGGUACAUAUCAUUAAGGAUUUUUGUUUUAUAUAUACAUGAACAUGCCUCUUUACUGUAUGUCAUAAAACAAUUUAAGAGAGAAAAAAUGCACACCAAGUUACAAAUCAGUAUUAUUUUGUAUCACUUAGCAGAUGUUUUGUCAUUCAAAAUUAAAAGAUGGAUUUCCAUAUUGGUGUUGAUAAUGUUAAAGGAUCUGUAUAGAAAUAACAGUAAUUGUUAGAUGCUGUAAUAUGAAUUCUGUUGAUUUUGAAUUGGUAUGAGGCAGGGUUGAUAAAUAAAACAAAGUGUGCCAUCUUGUUUUUUGAAGUUGGUGCCCCUCUGGAAAGAAGAGAUUUAUAAACUCUUGAGUAUGAGUGAUAGCUGGUGUUUUUGUCUGAUUGAAUUCUAAAACAGCUAGCACUUUCAACAUUAUAAUGGGAAUAUUUGUUGGAAAAUGAAUUUUACAAGAAAAGAAAUUUGAACUUUGUAUCAUGGCUAAGGGACAUUCUAAUUUUUAAAAAUUACGAUACGAGAUCAUUAAGAUCACUUUGUGUGGGUUAAUCAGAGUGUUUACUGUUAGUGGGACAUUUGAAGGAGCAAGAUUUUAAAUGAAAUCAGUUGAUGAUACAUACAUGUACACCAUUGACUUGAUUGUUGUAAAUGAGCUACAAGGUGCAGUUUCCAGAUUUGUUGCCCAUCAACCACCAAAUAUAUACAUGUGUGUGUGUAGUUUCUAUAUACUGGUUUCAAUUUUCACGGGUAUCAGCAUUACGGAUUUGUCAGAAAAUGGUAUCUUUGAAGGGGAGACUACUCUGUUUUUGUAUAUUGCAAAAAGUUUUGCUUCUUUGAUCACCAUGAAAAUAAGAAAAAUGUGUAUUCAACGAAAAACUAAGAAAUCGCGCGCACACACAUAUAUAAACAUUUUGUGGUUCUUGUCAACGAGAUCCGUGCCUCUUGUACAUAUAACGCUAACUGACUUUCAUUUCUAACUUUGUGAUGUAUGACUGUUUCUAUGCUGUUAUACCUGUUCAAUUUGUUUCUUUAGAGCACAAACUAGUUGCAUCUAGAGUUUGAAUUUAGUUCUGACUUGCAUCAUAUGCAGUCCUGUUACAGCUGACAGUUUCCUGAUUUUAAUUGUUUUAAGCUGAUAAUGCUUGUUUUUUUCUUUUCUCUCACUUUUUUAAUUAAAACCCCUAGACAAACUGAUGCAUGUUGAGGCAUUGUGUAAAUGCAUUGUGAGUUCCGUCUCAGGUUUCUAUGUUUAUUUAUAACUAUUAAUUUUUGCAAUGAUGGGUUGAUGUUUGUUGCAUUUGAUGAUGAAAAUUAUGCAUAUGAAUGCUACUUUUUGAUGGUAUACAAUUUGUUUGACAUAGAAAAUGUGAAUGAUUACAAAUAUUCUCAUAUUUUUUAAACAUAAGAAUCACUACUUCAUAUUAAAACACAUAUUGUAUAUUCUUUGUUAUUCAUUUAAAUGAACUCGGAUGAUAUGA